UGUACUACACUAUACAAAAGUCUCAUUACAUUUGGUAUAGGUAGACAUAUGUUUUGUAUACUUAUAAAUUUAUAAUUAUAUUUACUUGCUACAAGCUUAUGCCAGUUCAUGCUUUUUUUAAAUUACUUACACAUGAAUAAACCAAAAAUUUAAUAAUUCAAAUUAUAAACAAUAAUAAGUAUUUAAAAUGGAUGAAGACGAUGAGACAGCUAGCGAUGAUAAAGUCAAUGAUCUCAAAGAGAUCAUCAAAAUCCGCAGUGAAGAAAGUAUUCAUCAAGAACUGUCACAUCACAUAGAAUUAAAUUCAAAGUCUUUAGUAUCAUCCGUUACGUCAUCAGAUAAAGCAGAAGAAAAAGAAACAAAUUUUGAAAAUGCUGAAUUAGAUCGACGUGUAAAAGUGGGAGAGAUCACACCUUUUGAAGCUGAGUCGAAGAAAACUGAUUCCCCUGGUUCACUAAAUGCCGGCAGUGGACUACUGGACUUGGAAAAAUAUCUUAAGAGACAAGCAGAGUUUGCCGCUAAGAAAAAGAGUCUUCAGAAGCCAAAGCUUUCCAAGUUGCAGCAGGCCAAAGAAAACUUAACCAGCAAAAAGCGUAAGACAAAAAGCAGAAAAAGUUCAGAAUCUUCAAAUUCGUCUUCUCUUAAACAGAAUGAAGAAGAAGAAGCACCACCAGUUUCUACGGAACCUCCGAAACCAUCUGGGUCUUUGAAAAACCAUCAAGACAAUCAGGAUGACAGCGGCAGCGAAUACGUCCCCAGUGACGAAGAUUCAGAGGAAGAAACCAGCAAAGUUUCUAAAGCGAAAAAAAAACGUCUGUCAAUUGACUCAUCAAAGAAGAGAUGCAGAAUUCUUGACGAUGGGGAUGAAUCGUUGUACAAAAAAAGAGUCGACGAAAAAAUAAAAUCCACUAGGUUUGAUGACAGUCUUCGGACUGUUGAUAAUUUAUUCAAAGUUCCGCGGUCACUGUGGAAAAAACUGUACGAGUAUCAAAAGGUAUCAGUUCGCUGGCUCUGGGAGUUACACGGCCGUAACUUAGGAGGUUUACUCGGUGACGAAAUGGGUCUGGGUAAAACUGUCCAGGUGAUAGCAUUUUUUGCUGGCCUUGAUUGCAGCGAACUGCUGUCCGAUGGCGGCAGAUUUCGGGGACUUGGUCCCACUUUGAUCGUAUGCCCAGCGACGUUACUAGAGCAGUGGGUCCAUCAUUUCCACGACUGGUGGCCUUCCCUGCGAGUCGUAACCCUGCAUCACUCGGGAACCCAUCAAGGCGACCCUGAAGAUUUACUCGAAAGUCUGAAGACCGGCGGAGUUUUGCUGACUUCAUACUCCGGUGUCUUGAAUCACGCAGACUUACUCGUGCCCUACAAGUGGCACUACGUCGUCUUGGAUGAGGGUCACAAGAUCCGCAAUCCCCAGGCGAAGGUUACCAAAGUCGUAAAAAAAUUUUGUACCCCCCACCGGCUUCUGUUGACCGGCAGCCCAAUGCAGAAUUCACUCAAAGAGUUAUGGUCUCUGUUCGACUUCAUUUUGCCUGGGAAACUUGGGACCAUUGAUGCAUUUAUAGAGCACUGCGCUACGCCAAUCACCAGAGGCGGAUACGCCAACGCUUCUUUACUACAAGAAGCAACGGCUCUACAAGUCGCCACGAUGCUGAAGGAAGCGAUCAGUCCCUACAUGUUAAGGCGAACUAAAAAUGAUGUCAGACAUCACAUUAACUUGCCGGAAAAAAAUGAACAAGUUUUAUUUUGCAGUCUUACUAAGGAACAGACUCAUUUGUACAAAGAGUUUUUGAAGUCUGACUGCGUUAGCUCAGUAUUACAUGAAAAAUCAGCCGCUGGUGACAACAGAUACCGAGCGAAACUUUUAGUCGCACUGACAACAUUGAGAAAAUUAUGCAAUCAUCCUGAUUUGUACAUUUAUACUAAAGAUGAUGAAGGUUCUGAUGAAGAAAUGGAUGCCAGUGAGAACAUUGAUCUAGAGAAGUUUGGAUUCUGGAAGAGGUCGGGAAAGAUGACGGUGGUGAGAUCGCUCCUGAAAAUUUGGAAACGUCAGGGUCAUCGGGUAGUAAUUUUUACACAGAGCAGGCAAAUGCUCCAUAUACUGGAGGCUUUGAUCCAGCAGGAAGGCUACACGUACCUGAGACUUGAUGGCUCGACGGCGAUGUCCGAGCGCCAAAGAACGAUUCGUAAAUUUAAUGAGGAUAAUUCUUAUCUUGUUUUCAUUUCAACGACAAGAGUCGGGGGUUUAGGAAUCAACUUAACUGGAGCUAAUCGUGUCAUCAUUUAUGAUCCCGACUGGAACCCGGCUACUGAUGCCCAGGCACGUGAACGCUCGUGGCGAAUUGGGCAGGAUAAGCAAGUGACCAUUUACCGAUUGAUCACUGCGGGUACUAUUGAAGAAAAAAUUUAUCAUCGACAGAUUUUUAAACUGUUGCUGUCAAAUCGGGUUCUGGAUGAUCCGCGUCAGCGAAGGCUGUUUCAGACGUCUGAUUUAACUGAACUGUUUAAUUUAAAUGAACCGAUCGAUGGCACUGCUACUGAAUCUGAUCGGCUUUUUGGAGAUAACAAUUCUAAGGAUGAUAAAAAAAAAUGUAAAUCCAAGGAAUUGUCUCGGAGAAAAGAGAGUAAAGUGUCGGCGCUGUUCGAUGGGGAACAGGUGUCUUGUUUGAUUGGCCGCAGGCUCGGUCAUUCUGAUUCUGGAGAAUCAUCAAAUGCAGCAGUCGUUGAUGAUGAUAACUAUGUACUUAAUAAAUUAUUUUCUAAGACAAAUGUAAAUUCAGCGUUGGAGCACGAAAAAAUUUUAUCAAGUGCUAAAAUAGAUUCAAAUACAGCAACGCCGAUGCAGCGAUUAGCUCGCGAAACAGCUCAAGAGAGUAUGGACUUUGUGCGUCAAUCUCGAAAAUGGUGUUGGAGACCAUCCUGGGAUCCAAUAUAAAUUUUUCCACAAAUUUUUUAUAUAAAUAUUAUUAUUUAUUUUGAAUAUUUAUACUUAAAAUAGAAACAGAAGCAUGUACAUACAAACACGUAAUAAUUU